GAUAACUCAAAAAUGAACCGGCGGUCGCCGCAGAAAGCAAGCAACUUCUUAUCCCUGGCCACUCAGCUUUCCUGCCUCAGGCGUUCUCUUCCAUUCGUCUCCACCCCGCUUCAAUGGAACUCCAUUCUAUCACCUCUUCCUCAUGGUCCAUUUCUUCUCCCUUUGAUCCUCCAGGGGAAAGAAGACGUUCGCUUCCUGUUUUCUCGGCAAAGAAAAGCUCCGAUUUUGAAGGACUCUUGAAGACAUCGAAGGGGGAACUAUCCAAAAUUUUGAGGACGGAAGCGGCAGUCAUAGGCAUUGAGAGGAAAGCAGGGUCGUCCAAGUUUAAUAACCUCUGGCCUAGGGCAGUUCUUGAGGCGCUCGACGACUCCAUCGCCAGUAAUCGAUGGGAAUCCGCCCUCAAGAUUUUUGCAUUACUUCGCAAACAACACUGGUAUCGUCCAAAAGGUCAAACUUAUGCAAGGCUAUUAAUGAUGCUAGGGAAGUGCAGGCAGCCAGAGCAAGCCUCCUCACUCUUCACAACCAUGCUCUCUGAAGGUUUCAACCCAACAUUAGAUGUUUACACAUCACUAGUAGCUGCAUUUGGCCAUUCUGGUUUAUUGGAUGAAGCAAUAAGUACUAUUGAUGAAAUGAAAACUAUCUCAGAUUGCAAACCAGAUGCCUUCACUUACACCAUCCUCAUUGGGUGCUGCACUAAAUUGCAACGAUUUGAUCUGAUUCCUUCACUGCUUGCUGAAAUGUCUUACUUGGGCAUACAAUGUACUGUAGUCACUUAUAAUACAAUAAUAGAUGGUUAUGGCAAAGCUGGCUUACUUGAAGAAAUGGAGAAUUCUCUCACUUUGAUGCUUGAAUGUGGAAGCUGUGUACCUGAUAUAUUCACAUUGAACUCGAUCGUAUCUGCGUAUGGAGAUAACAGAAGGAUAAGCGAAAUGGAAAAGUGGUAUGUCGAGUUUCAGCACAUGGGCAUUGACCCUGAUCUGACUACAUUCAAUAUUUUAAUUAAUUCGUAUGGUAAGAUUGGAAAGUAUGAGAAAAUGAACAAAAUUAUGAACUUUAUGAAGAAAAGGUAUUUUUCUCCCAGCUUAGUUACAUUCAAUACAUUGAUUGAAUGUUUUGGGAAAGCUGGAAAAGUUGAUAAGAUGGAGUAUUAUUUUAGGUUGAUGAAAACUCAAGGAAUCAAACCAAACUCCAUUACAUACUGCUCGCUUGUUAGUGGAUAUGUCAAAGCAAAGCUUGUAGAGAAGGUUCCUUUCCUCAUUAGAGAGAUAAAAAACACUGAUGUUGUUCUUGAUACUCCUUUCUUUAACAGUGUAAUCAAUGCAUAUGGGCAAGCUGGAGAUAUAGAUAUAAUGAAAGAAAUGUUCUUGCUCAUGAAGGAAAAUAAAUGUAAGCCUGAUUAUAUCACCUUUGCCACAAUGAUAAAAGCAUACAAUAGCAUGAGCAUGGAUGUAGAGGCCCAAGAGUUGAAGGAUAAGAUGCUUAAAUUGAAAAGUGAAAUACAGACAUGCAGAGGGGGAUAAUGAACGAAGAUAAUUACUCUGAAGGGGCCAACCAUAAAAAGAACUAAGCAAUUGAAACAAUUUGAAAUUGCCUGGUCGUAGUGAAGGAGCUUGAUCUUUGAAACCAGCAAAUGGCUUCAUCUCAGCAAUGUUAUGAAUAUUGAGUCUCUGGUGGGAGUAAGUAUGGUUCAAAACCUUCUAAAAUUUAUUGAUCAUUAACCAUUCCUAAAGCUUUUUUCUUGAAGUUCAACAUUGCACCAUGCCUCUUAGCUUUCCCUAUCAAGUUUCCUUGUAGUUAUUUUUGCAAAUUAACUAAAGCCACACAAG